AUGGCACUCGGCUGUUACGCGCGCCAGUAUUACAUCCGUAGUCCACUGGGCUGGCUUAAAGAUACUGCUCCCCGACUACCCGAAGCCAUGUCUGAGUACAUCAGAGUGGCAGGGCCCUGGGAAAUGGUGUGCAUGGGUUUCAUGAGUCCCAUUUCCCUCGCCUCCGUGGAAGUCCACGACUACAUUUUGAUCAAUGUCGAUUAUCUGACCAGGUUUCUUAAUGCCACCGCUAGUGUCCAGUCCACUGCUGAAGAGUUAAAGUUGUACGUCGGACAUCCUGAGGAUGGAUGGAGCAAGCUGGGUGUGGUGGUCAGCUCAACCGACAAGCCAACAAUGUUCCAUCGACAAGAGAAGUUGGACUAUUGCAGACAACGUUGA